UCUUCCGGGAGGCUCGAGGCUGAGCGCUGAGGUGGGAGCAGUUGCUGUGGCAACCGCGCGGGUCCGCCCCGGCUCGGCCUGCUCCCGCCGGGGUGAGCGGCGCGGGCUGCAGCCUCCUCCCGCAGGAGACCGGGGUGUUCUCCCUGCCCCCCGCCGCUCCCGGGACCGUUCCCUUCGUCUCGUCCUGGGUCCGCAGUCGGGCCUGACAAGUCAUUAAGACACAAAAAGCGACCGCGGAUCAUUCACGUCCCGGCCUCGAGCCUCAGUUGGCAGCACUGAGCCAGGGUGAGCUUCCCUUCAGCCUGCCGGAUGCAGAAAAUCAUGGACACUGGAUUUAUGCUAUGUUAUAACCUGACUCCGCAGACCGGGCUUGAAUCGAUUGGGUCGCAGGAUUACAUUGUUAAACCGUAUCUGGAGGUGGAGACUGAAUGACUGAGAGCAGAAGCCCACGGAAGAAAGGACCCCUGCAAGCCGUGAGAUGGCUACAAAACCGAAGAAAGGCUUAAAAGGCUCCAUCAGUGAUGUGCUUGGUGACCUCCUUGGAGACGAUGAUGAAAUCCCUGUUAGAUCUAACAGACCUUCCCAGCCUUCUGGGACCAGUAGAGGGAGACCCAGGGGACCCAGCUCCAGGACCAGCAACAAAUCCCUUUUUGAGGAUGACUUUUUCAGCAAGCUGGCAGCUGAGGAAGGUGCAGCUACAGAGGGAUCAGAUGUUUCGGAUGCAGAUCCACAAGCUCUGCUAGAAACCCUGAAGGAUAUGGACAAUAUGGAAGCUGAUCUCUUAGGCAUAAAAAAGCCUGGUUCUGGGCCUGGCAGGACAACUACAAAGAGUCCUGAGAAGACUGAGUCAUCAAGAAACCCAGUAAAACCAGCAGGGAAGCUAACAAGUACUGAGAAAGAGUUGGCAACUAGGAUUGAAAAGAAAGUUCUUACCACUCCCCCGACCACCCGGCAGCAAUAUAAGAAGUUUUCCUUUGAAGCAGAGGAUGAAUCUAAAAAGCAACCAGGUAAGGGAAUAAAUUUAGAUGAUCCUUUGACAGGACUUUUGUCAGAUGAAGAGGAAGAUGCUGCCAAGAAACUGCCUCCAUCAGGCUCCAAAAUUAGCCCUGAAAGAAACACUGGGCCAGCCAAAGGGAAAGAGACAUCACUCUCUUCGAUGCCUGGCCACACAACAGCCCCCAUGCGGAAGAAGGAAGAGCUGAUGUUUGAAGAUGAUGCAGAUGACCUCAUGAGUGCCCUGGGGUUUGGCGAGAGUCUGAAGGGAGAUCUGAAGCAGGAGAGGAAAGGGGAAGAAGAAGAGGUCCGCCCUGCCCGCUCCAAGCUGGAUGAGUUGUUGGGACGAGGGACUUCAGCCAAACUCCUGGAGCGACCAGCCACGGGGGAACCAAAGGAGUUCAAACUGGAUAAGAAAUACCAGAAGCAGCCAGAUAAGGAAGACAUUUGGGGAGAGGAGGAUUUCACCUUUGGUGCCUACCAACCCACCCUGGCCUCCACCCCAGAAGGCCGCCAGUCAAGACGUCAAUCUGUCAGGUUUUCGUCAGAGAAUAUCAGUGAAUUGAAAACUGAUCAAAGGUCCAAACCAGCUACUCCACCUACCAGGAGCCCCCUGCGAAGCAGCAAAAAUGGGGCUGAUUGGCUGGGGCUGAAAGAUGAGGACUUCAUUGAUUUGGAUCCUCUGUCUCCAACUAAGGACUCAGCCAAAGGUAUUUCCACAGCAUCCCCCUUGAAUGUGCCAUCAAGCCCCGCAGCUGCCAAGCGACCCAGCCCUGCCAGCCAGUCCCCAUCUGGGACAAAGCCAGCAGCAGAGGAAGCAGCAGCUAGACCUGCUCCAACAGAGGAGGAAGAUAACUGGCUGAAUAACGCUCUGUCUCGGAAGAAAGCCCAGGUGCAGGGGAAGGUCAAUGAGGAAAGUGCUGGGCCCUCAGGCCUUGUGGUGCAGGACAAAGAUGCAGACCCCGUCUCUCACCCCAGCCAACCAGAUGCCUCAGGAAAAGGACCCCAGCACCCUGCUGCAUCAGAAGACAAGCCUAUCAGGGUGGAAGAGCCUAGCUAUCCCAUUCCACGGCUGACCGCUCCAAAACAUGACUUGUCUCUUGCAUCUGAGUCCAGGAGAAUGGCAUCCUCAGGUGAUACCAGCAGUGCCGGCCCUGCAGCUGCCUCCCAAGGACAUCAGGAGGGUCUUGGCCCUUCCAUGCUGACCCAGGUUGUUGCAUCUGGGGCUUCUCUCCAGCAGGCUGUACUGCAGCAACAGCUCAUGCAAUCCGAGCCUCUGGCCCUGAGCUUGUUGAACACUGGGGACUACGAGAAGAAGCUGGUGGCUCUGCAGGCACAGUUGCGGGAGAGCGUGGCAGGGUACCAAGCAGAGCUGCUCAGCACCCAGACUCACCUGGCACAGCUGGAGAGCCAGGUGCGGAAACUGGAACUGGAGAGGACUCAGCAGAAGUUGCUCCUGGAGAGUCUGCAGCAGCGACACCAAGAAGACUUGGAGCUCAUUGAGAACGCGCAUAGGAGUCGUGUGAAGAUGGUGGAAGACUCCUACCGUCAGCGCGAGGAGAGGCUGCGGCAGGAGAACGAGCAGCUGGCAACACGACUCCUGUCCCAGUGCCAGAGUGCAGAGCAGGCCAAGGCUGAGCUCCUGGCCCAGCAUCAGCGCCGACUGGCAGAGCUAGAGCAAGAGAAGGUGCAAGAGGUGGAGAGGCUGAGGGAGUUGCAACGGGUAUCCGUUUUGGAAAUGUGCAAAGACCACGAAGAGCAGCUACAGAGGCUAAAACGACUGAAAGAUCAGGAGAUUGAUGCAGUCACCAGUGCCACUUCCCAUACCAGGUCUCUGAAUGGUGUCAUUGAGCAGAUGGAGAAGUUUUCCAGUAACCUGAGUGACCUCUCCCACAAGGUGGAGGUUACACAUCAGAACACAUCACAGGAGCUUGAGGUUGGAGCCCGGCAGCGAGAUGAGCAACUCCGUGAGUGGAUACAGAGGUGCCUUAUAGUAGACCAUGAUAUUACCCUGGGAACCCCUCAGCAGAGAGAUAUGGAAGACGAGCGGGGUCGGCUGCAAGGGGUCAUUGCCAAAAUGGAGGCCAGGCUAGGGGAGCAGACACGGCUCCUGGAGCAGGAACGCUGGCGAGCCACCGCAGAGCAAUCCAAAGUAGAAUCUCUACAGCGCUCGCUAGAGGAACAGAGGAGGGUCAUGACCCAGCAGCUCGCCAUGGAGAGGGAAGAACUGGAGAGGGCAAAGAGUGCCUUGCUGGAAGAGCAGAAGUUGGUUAUGCAGAAGUGUGCAGCGGAGCGGCAGAAGCUCUCCACAGAGUGGCUGGAGCUCCACACCCAGCAGAAGCUAAGCAAAGAGCGCACCGAGCGGGAGGUGGACCGUGCCCUGCAGAUGGAUUCCCAGAGGGAAGGCACCAUUAUGACUCUGGCCAAGGAACAGGCAGAUCUGAAGAUCAGAGCCAGCGAGCUGCGAGCCAAGGAGGAGCAGCUAGCAAGAGAGAGGGAACUGCUGGAGCAGGAGAGGCAGGAGCUGAGACUUGAGAAAGAAAGAGUCAACACUGCUGCCUUGAACAUCAAACAGAGGGCAGAGGAGAUUGACAGCAUGAGCAAGCUGUCCUCGCAGAAGUACGAGGAGGGGGAGAGGGCCCUGCUAGAGGCCAGGAAGGUAGAGUCGGAGCAUCAGGAGAGACUGCACGUUGUGCAACAGCAAAUGGAGCGAUUGAAGCAGCAGGAGCAGCAUCUGCACCAGGAGCGCCUGAACUUGGCUCAUCAGAGGAGACAGCUCGAACAGCUGCGUGAAAAGCUUCCCAACAGUCCAAUGCUGUUACUGCCCAAAUCAGGUGCUCAAGCCAAGACCCUCUCCUGUCCACGCUGUGAGCAGAAACACUUCCCAGCAAGGAAACAACAUGAAGAUUUAACUCCUCCUGUUAUGCAGUCACCUAGGCACAACUCUGGCCAGAUAGGAAUCCCUGAGGGCACCGCAGGACCAGGUCCCUCUGAGUUGUAUGCCAGAUUGAUGCUGCUUAAGUACACAGCUGAGCGGGACCGAGAUUUCUUGGAAGACGAACAGUUCUUUUUGGAGACCCUGAAGAAAGCUUCCUACAACACUUCCUCCCAGACAGCAUGAGGAGAGCUCAGCUGCACCUGCAACCCUGGGAGAGUUAACUUUUCGUAUAAAAGAGAGAUUUUGCAUUUUUUUUUAUUUUUAUGCAAAAGAUGGAUGGGAAAAAAUAAAUAAUUGCCUCAUCUCA